CUGCCAUUAAUAAUAUAAUAAGGUGGCAACUUAGGCUAAAUUAGCAUGCCAACUAUGUUAACCUCACUGUCAACCCGUUUUAUGUUUCUUUAAAUAACAACAAAUACAAUCUCAGGGUUGAUCAAUCACCAUGUCCGACAUAGUCAAUGAUGCUUGGAAGAAAUAUCUCUUACAACUUCAGCUUCAUCCCCUAAGAACAAAGGCAAUUACUGCAUCAGUUCUAGCUGGUUUUAGUGAUGCUGUGGCACAGAAAAUUUCUGGAGCUAAGAAGCUUCAGCUCAGAAGGGUGCUUCUUUUCAUGCUUUAUGGUUUUGCUUAUUCAGGACCCUUUGGACAUUUUCUUCAUAAAUUGAUGGAUAAACUUUUUAAGGGAAAGAAGGGCAAUGAAACUGUUGCUAAAAAGGUGAUUCUUGAACAAAUAACUAGUUCUCCAUGGAACAACUUUUUCUUCAUGAUGUAUUAUGGCUUGGUCAUAGAAGGAAGACCUUGGAAUCUAGUAAUGAACAAUGUAAAAAACAACUACCCUUCUGUCCAGAUGACCGCGUGGAAGUUUUGGCCUGUCGUUGGUUGGGUGAAUUACCAGUAUAUGCCUUUGCAGUUGCGUGUAUUAUUUCACAGCUUUGUUGGUUCAUGCUGGGCAAUCUUUCUGAAUCUGAAAGCAAGGUCUGGUGCUAUCAAGAAGGCCUAGAAACGAAUAGUCUUCAACUCUUUUGGGAUUGGAAAUCUCCCAUUCUUGUUAAUAAUAGGGUCAUUCAUGAUAAUUUAUAGACCAUAUUGAAGUUAGACUAUUCUUACUUUUGUUUGCUAUGACUGUGGAACUUAAUUGGCACAAUAGUGAAAAUAUGAGUGGUUGGUUUACUGGCCAUUAAAUUGAUAUGGUCUCAUUGAUAAUUCAUGUUCCCCUUUUACCGAUUAUUUAAACUUGGUUUCAUUACAAAAUAA